AUGGCGGAAUGGAGUCCGAGCUCUUGGACUCAAAAGCCCAUUAAGCAAGAUGUGAUCUACGAGGAUCUCGCAGGGCUGAAAGACUCCCUACAAAAAUUGCAGAAGCUACCCCCAUUAGUGACAACACGAGAAAUCACCAACCUCAAAAGCAGCCUCCGAAAUGUUGCUUUGGGCAAAGCAUUCGUGCUUCAGGGUGGUGACUGUGCCGAGCUCUUCGACUACUGCAAUCAAGACAUGAUCGAAGCCAAAGUGAAGCUCCUAUUGCAAAUGAGUUUGGUCCUAAUUUGGGGCGCCAACAAGCCCGUCAUCCGUAUUGCCCGGAUUGCAGGCCAAUUCGCCAAACCCCGAUCAAGCCCAACAGAAACCAUCAAUGGAGUCGAAAUGCCCUCCUUCCGCGGCGACAACAUCAACGGCUUCGCAGCGGACCCCCAAUCCCGCCAACCAGACCCAUCCCGACUCGUCUCAGCAUACUUCCACUCCGCCGCAACCCUAAACUAUCUCCGCGCCUCUCUCUCCUCAGGCCUAGCCGACCUCCACUCCCCCCUAGACUGGGGUCUCGGCCACGUAAUCACCCCCUCCAUCAAAGAGCAAUACGCCAAGACCGUCAACGCCGUAAAAGACGCUCUGCGCUUCAUGCGCACCGUCGGAAUCGACAAGGACCGCGGCGUCGAAACAGCCGAUAUCUUCACCAGUCACGAGGGUCUGUCCCUGGAAUACGAACAGAGUCUCACCCGUCACCUGCGCCACCCGGCCACCGCGGAGACAGGCUACUAUGCGACAUCGAGCCAUUUCCUGUGGAUUGGCGAUCGGACGAGACAGCUCGAUGGUGCGCAUGUGGAGUUCUUCAGGGGGAUUGCGAAUCCAGUCGGUAUCAAGAUUGGUCCGAGUAUGGCUCCUGAUGAGCUGGUGCGGUUGUUGGAUGUUGUUAAUCCGGAUCGGGAGAUCGGGAAGGUUACUCUGAUUUCGCGGUACGGAGCUGCGAAGAUUGCGGACUUCUUGCCGGCUCAUAUUGGUGCUGUGCAGGCUUCGGGUCAUAUUCCUGUCUGGCAAUGUGAUCCUAUGCAUGGGAACACGCAGAGCACGCCGUCUGGUGUGAAGACGCGCCACUUCACGGACAUUCUGUCUGAGUUGAAGCAGGCUUUGGAGAUUCAUCGUGCUGCUGGGUCUUUCUUGGGUGGUAUGCACCUGGAACUCACUGGUGAGGCUGUCACUGAAUGUGUGGGUGGUGCGGCUGGGUUGACAGAGGAUGGACUUGGGGAACGGUACACGACUUUCUGUGACCCUAGACUCAACGAGAAGCAGGCUCUUGAGUUGGCGUUUUUGGUUGCUGGGUUCUAUCGUGAGGAGUCAGAUGAUUAG